ACCGCAGCCGCAGCCGCAGCCGCAGCCGUCGGCCGCUCCUCCUUCCCCAACCAGCAACCAAACCCACCACCACUACCAACCAUCCCCAAAACCCCACGAGGAAUCCCCCAAAUUCGCCCUGCUCCCUCGCAGAUCGCACCAUCCGCGCGCGUUUCCAUCCAAUUCCACCCGCCCGCAGCCCCCGACGACCCGCCCAAGCCGAGGCGCCGGUUUCUCUGAUUGGGGUGGGAGGGGAGCGGAGAUGGGGGAGGGGGUGAAGGAGAUGCUGGCUCCGCCGAUCCAGCUGGCCGACGAGGUCGCCAAGCAGUCCGCUGCCGCGCGGAGCUUCCGCGUCGAGUGCGCUGACCUCAAGGCCCGCGCCGACAAGCUGGCGGCGCUGCUGCGGCAGGCGGCGCGGGCCCCGGAGCUCUACGACCGCCCCGCCGCCCGCAUCUUGGCCGGGGCCACCCAGGCGCUGUCCAGAGCCUCCGCCCUCGCCGCCCGCUGCGCUAGGGGGCACCCGCGCCUGCGCAGCCUCUUCACGCUCAGCCCCGCCGCCGGGUUCCCCCGGGCCGUGGCGGCGCUCGACACGGCGCUCGAGGACGUCGCCUGGCUGCUCCGCAUCUCCUCGCCUGGCGCCACCGGCGACGGGGACGACGACUCGCUCCUCGGCCUCCCCAACAUCGCGCAGAACGAGCCCAUCCUCUUCUUCAUCUGGGACCAUGUCGCGCGCCUGCACACGGGCUCCCCCGCCGCCCGCGCUGACUCGGCCGCCAACCUCGCCUCGCUCGCCCGCGACAGCCAGCACUUCGCCAAGCUCAUCAUUGAGGAGGACGGCGUGCCGCCGCUGCUCAAGCUGCUCAAGGACGGGACCGACGAGGGCCAGGAGGCCGCCGCACGCGCCCUCGGCCUCCUGGGCUGUGACGCCGAGAGCGUGGACAAGCUCGUGCAGGCCGGGGUUUGCUCCUCCUUCGCCGCAGCGCUCAAGGAGCCGCCCAUGCGCGUGCAGGCUGCUGUGGCGGAGGCCAUCGCGUCCCUGGCUGACCGGAGCUCCACCUGCCAGGACCUUUUCGCGCAGAACAAUGCCGUCCGGUACCUUGUUGGACACCUCGCUUCUGGGACUAUCCAGGAGCACAGCCGGUACUCCGUCGGCUCCAGCAGCUCCAAGAACAGCGCAGCUGCUGCUGCCACAACGCAGCAGCCCAUGAAGUCACUCCACUCGGUGGUGCUUGCCAAGACGCUGAGCAUGCGCCACACUGGUGACCGCGACAUCUCCAGCGGUGGCGCCGAUGAGCCGCCAAGGAUGUCCAAUGGAACACCAGGAGGCGACCAAGACACGAAAUGGAACCCCCAAAUGCAGUCAGUGGUACACUCGGCUAUGGCUGCCAAGACAAACACAAAUGGCUCAUUGGUUCCGCCAUUCAGGCCUCAGCUAGGCACCAGUGGCUCCAGUGGCCGUGGUGCUCGUGAAGUGGAGGAUCCUGAAACCAAGGCACAUUUGAAGGCUAUGGCAGCAAAAGCUUUGUGGAAGCUUGCUCAUAACCAUUUGGGUGUGUGCAAGAGCAUUACAGAGUCACGCGCGCUACUGUGCUUUGCUGUGCUCCUUGAGAAGGGUGAUGGCGAUAUGGGCACUAAUGUGCAGUACUUCUCAGCAAUGGCCAUCAUGGAGAUUGCCCGUGUCGCUGAACACAGCCUUGUGCUGCGGCAAUCAGCAUUCAAACCCAGCUCGCCAGCAGCCAAGGCUGUUGUUGAUCAGCUGCUCCGUGUCGUCCGCAGGGGUGAAUACGAUGCAUUGCUUCUCCCAUGCAUCACUGCCCUUGGCUGCCUUGCCCGUACCUUCACAGCAAGUGAGACCAGGAUAGUGGCCCCUCUUGUGCAGCUUCUCGAUGAGCGUGAGCCUCCAGUCAUAAAGGAGGCUGUUGUUGCGCUCACCAAGUUUGCGUGCACUGAGAACCACCUACAUGUGAACCACUGCAAGGCCAUUGUUGAUGAUGGUGGUGCGCGCCACCUUGUCCAGCUUGUCUACCUUGGCGACGAGGUGCAGAUUGAGGCGCUCAUACUACUCUGUUACAUUGCACUGUAUGUGCCUGAGAGCGAGGAACUCGCACAAGCUGGUGUGCUGGCUGUGUUGCUUUGGGCAUCAAAGCAGGCUCACAUGGUGCAGGACACGCGUGUUGAGGUGUUGCUUCCAGAUGCCAAAGGGAGGCUUGAGCUGUUCCAGUCCAGGGCCUCCAGGUGAUGUUGGAGACGGGAUCAUUGGACAUGGUUGAGUUGAGCAAUUCUUGCUCUUGACACCAGUUGCUGAGUAGAAGAUUGUUUUGCUAUGUUACCCUAGUUGCAAGUUGCGCCAUCCUUGCAAAUACCCCUGUUUACUUGUCUGAUUGCGACUGGUGAUAGAAUAUUAUCUGGCCAUGAUCAUGCCACGUGGAAAACGAGGCGACUGACAUUGACAUGUGGGACCCGCUCUGGUUGCUAGUGUUAGCUGGCCAGCAUGUCAUUGUCAACAUCUGUUCCCACAUGACCAUUGACCAAGCUACUCACCGCAGCCCUUAGGGAUGGUGAUUCCGCAGUGUUUGGUAACGUAGAACACCUUCUCCAUGCUUAGUUUGUCCUUGGCGUCGGGGGAGCUCAGAUAGUCGCAGAUGCAGGGCGCAUCGGCAUCUGUAGCCUUGAGGGUUUUGCAGCAGCCCUCGGACGGAGGCUGCUCGGGCCCGUCCUUCUGGACGAACUGCUUGCAGCUGCGCCACAGUGCGUCGAUGUCAUUCUGGCAGCCUGAGGCUUGUGGGUCAUGAGGACCUGGGACUUGUGGGACUUGUUGAGCUGAGAUUGCUGCUGCGGCGGCAAGGAUGAUGAGGAGAAACGUCGCGGCCAGGCGGCCAGCAGGGCUCAGCUGCGACAUGUCCGUCUGCUCUUUUGGUGGACUGGGACUUUCCCUAUUGGUUCGUGGGAGUAUUUUUUUGUUGUUGUAAGUAACAAAUGGUGUGCAUCUAAGACCUGGAUGGCAGUUGGUAUUUAUAUGGUCUCUGUUGCUUGGACCCUGGUUUAGGGUUCCCUCUCAAGGUUGAUUUGCAAUGCGAAUUUUGUGAACUGUUUUCA